AUGUGAUGUUCUUCCUGUUACAGGCGGCGGAGUGGACGUCGUCCUUGCUCAAAGAGAAGGGUGUUUGCUGGCACACGGAGAAAAGCGUCAAGAUUGCUCAACGUCACUAUGCUUUUGUUUGCUAUCUUUCCUGGCUCGGUGCUGCUCAUCGUUGACCAUAGAACCUUGCAGCAUAGAUAGCGUAAAAUGACAAUUGUGUUCGCGAAAGUAGUUGUGUUUGUACGUGCCUUAUUCAGAGUGAAUGCUGCAGUAAGUGAGUGUUUGCAUUCCGAGUGGUCCAAUAAGCAGAUUUGCAAACGACAUUCCACUCUCACCUCCGGAUCAACAGUUUUGACGUGCGAGUGCACCAGCAGCCCUCUCGGAGACACAAUAUCAAGACUACCGAGCUUCCAGCCUCAUCACACCUGCAUAUCGACGCAGAGAUGGACAUCUUCACCAGAAAGAAGGUCGGCGAAGAGCCUGGUCUAGACGCACCUAUUUUCACAACAACCGAGUCUGCCACAGCAAACCGCAAGACAGCAAUCAGCAGAUUCGGCAGAGCCGACAAGACUGAUGGCGCGCAAUCGUCUCGCUCCGGCACUGGACGUCUUGUGUCGAAGGCAAUGCGCAUCGUGCAGUUCUUGCUCGCCGUCUUGAUUCUGGGACUUGUCGCCUACGCUCUCCAUGUGUACUCCGCUCUGAUCGCGGCAAUCCUGACCAUUCUGGCCACCAUCCCGCUAGCCUUCCUGCCGCGCCUACCCGUUCUCUCAUCGCAUCCACUCUCGGCUGUACUGAUCGAUCUGUUCUUUGCGUUGUUCUGGCUGGCCAUCAUGGCCGAACUUGCUGCUUACAGUGAUGUCACUAGACCUAGAGAUCUUACGUACUACACUGGUCGUCUGAGUCAGCAGGUCAACAGCAACGCAGCCUAUGCAGCCUAUGCAGCAUACAGCGAAACCCUCCACAGACUCAGAAGAGCGUGGUCAUGCGGAGCUGCUGCUGCCGCGUUCGCUGGAAUCGAGUUGUAAGUGACGAAGGCCCUGACCAUCGCGAGCUAGUCGCUGAUGAAUGUAGUGUUCUGUUUCUGAUCAGUGCACUUCUGCCUCUUCGUGGCCGUCUUGUAGGACCUGCGACAAGAAGCGACAGUACCGGCGUACCCACGAACCAUCACGGCUCAGCCAGACACAGCGGUGCAGGAGCGUCGUUCGAGAUGCAAACGAGAAACGCUGGCCAUACUGGCCCUGCUAGUCCCACAAGCCCAGCUGCUAUGCAUGGAGCGAGCAACCCAGACGGUCAGGCCUUUGGUCAUGGCAACACAGGUAUGCUCGGAUCUGCCAACAGAAACACGUUUGUGCCUACUCCUCCUGGACAGCAUGAAGGAGUUGCUGGUAUGGGAGACAGAGGAAACAUGAUCUGAGAAAAUGCAUGGUCGAGGAAGGCAUGGCAGCCUCGGAAAGAGAAGAUCCGAUAUUUGA